AUGCGGAUCUCCGGCGGGCAAGCUCUCGGGGAGGAGGCGGCCGGCAUGGUGCGGCAGGCAGUUAGCCUGGCAUUGCGGAGGGGGCACGCGCAGGUAACACCGCUCCACAUCACCAGCGCAAUGCUCUCGGCGUCUACGGCAUGCACCCUCCGCGCCGCCUGCGUGAGGUCCCAGUCACACCUGCUGCAACACAACGCGCUCGACCUCUGUCUAGGCCUCGCGCUCGACGGCCUCGCUGUGGCAAGGCCAGCAUCCGCCGCGAGCUGCCGAUGUGGCGACCACGUCGACCCGCCGGCACUGUCGAACGCGUUCGUGGCCGCGCUGAAGCGGGCGCAUGCGCAGUGUCGCAUGCGCGCCGUGAGCGGCGACAAGGUCGAGCUCAAGCAGCUAGUCGUCUCCAUCCUCGACGACCCCAGCGUCGACCGCGUCAUGCGCGCGGCCGGCUUCUCGAGCUCCCAGGUCAGGGAAGCUGUUAUUUCUUUGGACGUCCCGAGGUUUCCUGAUCGGGUUUUCCCGAAUAUUAGGGCUGGAGGACAACCAUCUCUCCAGACCGUCCCGGAGCUUCACUUGCCAGUCGUGCCCGACGUCCCAGAAGCAAGUGAGUGUGAAGCUAGCGAAGCAAAAUCAGGAGCAAGGCGUCCGGCCUUCUUUGGCGGCACCGACGUUGUCCCAACUACGGCGAGCCUUCCUCCGUGGCUGCGCCGCUACAAAGAUACAACAUACUGCGGCACCAGUGUUCAUGCAGACGCUACCUGCCGCCGGCCGAAGUUCACGGAGCUCACCGCGCAAAAUCUCAAGAUCCUGUGCGACGAGCUCAAGCUGCGCUUUCCAUGGCACCGGAACAUCGUCCCUGGUAUAUCGAGCAUGGUGCUCCGGUGCCGAUCCGGUGUGAAGAGGAGGAGGGCGGGGGACAAGUCUUCUAGCUCGUCGUCCCCGUCCAUGACAACCUGGCUGCUCUUCCAUGGAAGGGACGGUGGCGGCAAGAAAGCGGUUGCUCGGGAGCUCGCGAGGCUCGUGUUUGGCUCCCACGCCGACUUCGCCGACCUGCAGCUGCAGGGUAUCCCCGACAUUCCCGCACGCUCCACCAAACUAGCCCUCAAGAGGCAGAGAUCCCCGGAGAACGACGGUGGCAUCGGAGCGAGGCUGUUCGAAGCGAUCCUGGAGAACCCUCACCGCGUUUUAUUCAUCGACGGUGUCGACCGACUGGAUCGCGAUUCAGAAAUGCGCAUCAAGGACACGAUCGCGGGAGGAACAAUGGUGGGGGGAUACAAUGGCGAUGUGGUGGGAUUGGAGGAUGCCAUCGUAGUGCUGAGCUCUGACGUGUUGGACUCCUCUUCCUCCCCACGGGUGAAGCAAAACCGCAAGGAAGGUGAAGCCACGGAGAUGGAAAUUCCUGAAAUCAGCUGUGGAUUGGAUUCCAGAGAAUCAGUUGUAGCUGUAGAUUUUGCGAAUCAGAAACUAGCUAUUUGUUUACCAGCCUGUAGAAAAACCAAAGUGUUGUCAAAUGUCUACAAUGUCCCUGGAUCCACGUUGGCUAUUGUUGUGGAUCUGCGAGGCAGCAGCACCAGGAAACGAGGCAGCAACACACGGAAGCAGAGCAAAGCAGCAGCAUCGGCUGUUGAUGUUGAUUUGCUAGGGGCGGCAACAAAGGAGCCGGCCAUCAGCAGGAACGACGCAUCUCAGGGCUUGGAUGCAGUAGAGGGUGUGCGUGGUUGGGGCAGCGCAGAUCGACUUUGCGACGACAGGUAG